UUUGCAGUCUCUCCCACACUGUGUAUUUACGUAUAUGUGUGUGCAGCAUGGGCCAAAGUUCCCACUGAAUUUGGUAAUAUUUAACGGGACAGUUUGGUGUGAUAUGGCUGAGCACCACGCAUGAAGUGGAAUUAGAAAACAUCGAUGACAUUGUUUGCUUCUCAUACACAGAAACUCCAGAUCAAGGAUCGUUCUGCUUUGAAUAAUGGACUGACUGGACUGACUGAUCAGUCAUGGACACCUUCCCUCUGUUAGUGCUCCUACUGUCAUGGAGGACUGAAGUUGAAGCUCAAAUAAAACUAUUCCCAGAAAACCUGACGGUCCUGAGAGGGGAAAAGGCCAGAUUUACCUGCACUCCUUCUAACAGCCAGUGGACUGCUAUGAUUUGGCUGCUGAAUGGUGAGGUAGCACUCACUAUCUCUAAUAAACAUGGUGUCCUGCAAUCCCCCAACACGAAUAUGAGUCUGAUGGCUGAAAAAAAGAAAGACGGAUGGAUGCUUGUCCUGAAUAACACAGAGAGACACGACCAGGGAGAAGUGACCUGUGAUCUCCAGGGCGUUGAUAGGAAAACAGCGAGGCUGUUUGUACAAGAAAAGGGCAGUGUGAAAAUCCUUGGGAAUAACAGGUUGGCUUUUCAGCGAGAUUCAGUCCUGUUUGAAUGUGAAGCAGCAGGAUGGUACCCUGAGCCUGUUCUGAAAUGGGAGGUGAAUAAUAACAAGGUGAGUCCAAGUGAAUACAACAUCAGCAGUGAAGAGUCGAAGGAGAGCCUCUUCACCUUGACCAGCAAGCUCAGUGUGCUGGCAGCAAAAAGUUCUCACGUGGACUGUCUGGCCUCUGUUUCUGCCCUCCCCCAACCACUGAAGAGCACAAUCACACAAAACAGAAACACUGCUUUCGUUUUCUUUACUAAACAAUGUGACCUUCUCUCCUCAGUCGCCGAGGUGUUGGAGGAAGGAGGCUACUGUACAGUCCCGCUGGCGAUAACUGCCUCCCUCUCUGGUUUUCUGGUGCUCCUCCUGCUCUGCAUCUGCACUGUCCUCUGCUACAGACAAAGGAGACAAGCAAAAACAAGCCCGCAGGAGGUACUAAGGUUUGACCAAUCGGUGUUUAGUAGAAGCGUCGAUGCUGAUGCGCCGGAAGGGAAAGUUAACCUGGGAUACUCUAGUGAGAGCCCCACAGAUGCAGUUAACAGUGACCUAUUCUGGGAAACUCGUAGACAGAUGGACUUUGUCAGCUUUCGCAAGGUCCCUGAUGUCGUGUCCUCCAGCAGCUUUUCUACACAAAGUGAGAGCCAGGCCAACAUGUGUCCCCCAGAGGAUGACUGCAAGAAUGUCCGGAGAAUCACCACUGUUUGAAUAUUAAUGUUAUGUUUUGUUUGCAUGACUUUCGUAUAAGUAUUCACAUUUUUUAUAAAGCUACAAGCUAAGGGUAUAUGUUUUUGAACUACAAGUAUCUAACACAAACAUUUAGCAAAAAAGAAAAAUCACUCUCUGGACACUUCAUUAGUUACUCCUAGAGUGAGAACGAUGUGUCAUCCUGCUGGAAGAAAAAGAUGGGUACACUGUGGUCAUAAAGGGUUUGACAUGGUCCGUAACAAUACUCACGUAGGCUGUGGUGUUUACCAAGGGGCCCAGAAUGAGCCAAGAAAAUAUUCCCCACAAGUGGCACCUGGUGUGGGUUUCUGCUGCUGUAGCCCGUAAUUAUAUAUUUGCAUUAAUAAGCAGUUGGACACGUAAACCUAAUGAAGUGGCCAGCGAAUGUACGCUGUGAUGACUUUUCUCAUUUAAUUUUAAUGAAACCAUGAUAUCUCAACAACACAUUGUAUAUUUUAAAUUUUUUUUCAAUAAACUGUAUUAUUGCAUAUGAAAAUA